CUCCAGCGGUAACUGACGGGACCCUCCGAGCCCAGCGCGCUUGUGGCAACCCUGGAGGAAGCCGAGGCCCCGCGUCAGCCGGAGGAGCAGGAAGACGAUGAGGACGAAGAGGAGCUGCUACCGCACUCCGAGGCUGUGGACGUGUUUCAGGAGGGUCUCGCCAUGGUAGUGCAAGACCCGCUGCUCUGCGAUCUCCCGAUCCAGGUUACGUUGGAAGAGGUCAAUUCCCAGAUAGCACUAGAAUAUGGCCAAGCAAUGACAGUUCGAGUGUGCAAGAUGGAUGGGGAAGUAAUGCCUGUGGUUGUAGUGCAGAACGCUACUGUCCUGGACCUGAAGAAGGCCAUCCAGAGGCAUGUGCAGCUCAGGCAGGAGCGUGAAGGGGGCAUUCAGCACAUCAGCUGGUCUUAUGUGUGGAGGACAUACCAUCUGACCUCUGCGGGAGAGAAGCUAACAGAGGACAGGAAGAAGCUCCGAGAUUAUGGUAUCCGGAAUCGGGAUGAGGUUUCCUUCAUCAAAAAGCUGAGGCAAAAGUGACCCUAGGACAGGGACAGCUCUGCUCACUGAUGGUCAGUCCUUUCCCAGCAGGAUGGAGCCCUCCUUCCAUCCUCUCAUCAGAAAAGAUUUGGGCUGGCUGCACUGUCAGCAUGAGCCCUGGGGUUCUCAGGACCAGGACAAGGGUAAACCUUUGUUCCUUGCUUUCCCAUGAACUUGGCCUGGGCUCAAAGACCUUAAAACAUGGCAGUUCUCACAGGGCUAUGGGCCUGGCCUUAUGUGCAGAAUAAAUCUGUCUGUUUGCCUCA